AAGAGUGCUUUGAUUAAAGGGUCUCAAUCCGCAAGCGAUAUGGAGAAAAAGGAAGGGAACUCCAAACUGAACAUCGCCAUCAUCCAUCCAGAUCUUGGUAUAGGUGGAGCUGAAAGAUUAAUUGUUGAUGCGGCCGUCGAACUUGCAUCCCAUGGGCACAAUGUUCAUAUUUUCACAGCACAUCAUGAUAGAACUCGAUGUUUUGAGGAAACUCUUGCUGGUACCUUUCUAGUUACGGUAUAUGGUGCCUUCCUGCCCCGACAUAUUUUCCACCGUUUUCAUGCUCUAUGUGCAUAUCUGCGGUGCAUUUUUGUUGCUCUUUGUGUGCUGUUCAUGUGGCCUACAUUUGAUGUUGUACUAGUAGAUCAGGUCUCUGUUGUCAUUCCCUUAUUGAAACUUAAAAAGUCAAUGAAGGUUGUAUUCUAUUGUCAUUUUCCAGAUCUGUUGCUGGCUCAACACACUACUCUUCUAAGGAGGAUAUAUAGGAAACCAAUUGAUUUCAUAGAAGAAAUAACCACUGGAAUGGCAGAUCUGAUACUUGUUAAUAGCAGAUUUACCGCAUCUACUUUUGCAAACACAUUCAAGCGUCUUCAUGCUCGAGGAAUUCGACCAGCUGUUCUUUAUCCAGCUGUUAAUGUUGAUCAGUUUGAUGAACCCCAUUCAAAUAAGUUUAAUUUUCUCUCCAUCAACCGAUUUGAAAGAAAAAAGAAUAUAGAUUUAGCAAUUUCAGCCUUCGCUAUGCUUCACACUCUUGGAGGAGAUGUCUUCCAAAAUCAUAACUUGGAUGAUGCUUCUUUGACCAUUGCAGGUGGGUAUGAUAAACGGCUGAGAGAGAAUGUUGAAUACUUGGAGGAGCUUAAAAGCUUAGCAGAAAAGGAAGGAGUGUCUCAUCGGGUUAAUUUCAUUACAUCAUGCUCAACAGCCGAAAGAAAUGCACUUCUCUCCGAAUGCCUUUGCGUACUUUAUACGCCAAAGGAUGAACACUUUGGGAUUGUUCCUCUGGAGGCAAUGGCAGCUCAUAAACCUGUUAUUGCAUGCAACAGUGGGGGCCCUGUAGAGACAAUCAAGGAUGGGGAGACAGGAUUUCUUUGUGAUCCUACUCCACGGCAGUUCUCUCUAGCUAUGGCUAAACUCACUCGGGACCCCGAGACGGCAAAGAGAAUGAGCAAAGAGGCCCGGCGGCAUGUUACCGAGUCAUUCUCCACGAAGAUCUUCGGCCAGCGUCUGAAUCAAUAUCUUUUGAAUGUUUCUUGCCCUAAGAGAGACUAGGAGAAGAUGAAACUGUCUAUCUGCGUGGCCCUUGUAGGGAAUAUUUUUGGUUAACACAGAAACAAUGAUGAACUCAUGAAUAGUGUCUUAGCCGUUCAGUUGUUUGAAGGGGUGAUUUUAUUACCGUCCAUGCAUGUAACUUCAAUUAGCUAACCUAUUUUGGUGGAUUUUGAUAACACUUAUCUACUUGUCAGUCUCUAUUGUGCUUC